UUAUGUAUUUGUAUGCCGGCGAUUAGUGCACGGAGUUGAAUCGCGCAGUCUCGCAUUGACCGUGGAUGGAAACACACUAUUCAAUCUGAAUUGAAAGUUCGAAAUUGUGAAAACAGCUUUGUUGCUUGAAAAUAAAAGUGCUCAAAAUGGAUAGCGGUCAACCAAGUCACGUUCUUUGGCGAAAAGUUGGAGUUGCAUUAGGUGGUGUAAGAGCUUUAGACUCCAUUGGAAUUGGAAUAUUUCUCACCAUUCUAUUUUGGGCCUCAUUCGAAUUGAUUGGUGUUACUUUGCUGAUUUUUGUGGUGUACGCUCUGAAUCUAACAGCAUCCGGCCUGUGGCUGUUCGGAAUUUGGAAGAAAAAAUCUCGGUUUCUCUUGGCUGCGUUGAUCUGGUUUAUCAUUCCAUUGGUUAUCUCAUUGAUAUUGACCAUCAGUGUUUUGUCUUCUGGACCACCAAAACGGAGUACGGAGGAGUUUGAACAGGAAGGCAUAGCUCAUUUCUUUAAUGACUGGCUUAAAGUGUUGGUUGUCAUUGGAGGAGUGCUUAGCGUGGUAUUCUAUGGGAUUGCAUUAGUCACCUAUCUCAAAUUGAAGGAGGCCUUUGAUGGAGACGCAUCGGAAAUCCAGGGUUUAGGUGUGGGCUACACACCGAAAAACAAAACUACCGAUUUAAAUAUCUACUAAAAUGGGAUUGGAUUCACUCGAAAUGGAUGGUGCACGGAAAGAAAUAUCUCUGAAUCCAUAAUAUAACCAAUUGGUUCUUUAAAGUUUUCAUGUGAAAAGAGAAUAAUUGCAUUUAUCUUGGAUCUGUAGUUCAUCUAAAUAGAAUGCACAAAGUAGUUUGCUUCCGAAAUAUCAAGUGAAAUGUCCCUGUUUUCUCUCCGUUUUUUUCCCACUUUUUCUUAAACAAAGCCAUCGGCUAAACUAUAUGUUGAACGAAGAAAAAAAAAAUGUUGUAAUUUCAAUGUGAUGUACCAGUUCAAAUGUGACCUUCAAAAUAUGUUGUGUUCUAAAUUGAAGCAAAAAUAUAUGUAUGAAAGAAAAAAAAAACUGUUUGAAUAAAGAUGAUUAAAGAAUA